CGUGUAUUUUUCCGGUCCUUGUCCCUUUCUAUUCUUCAGCUUCUGUUCGGUGGCGAGCUAUAGCGCACGGUUCUUAGUAAAGUGCCGGCACAAAAAUGAUGGGAUCACUUAAAAUCGUGUUAUUCUUAGGUGUAAUAUAUUUGUGUAGGGCCGCCGAAGAGGAUGUGCUAGAUCUUACAGAUUCGGACUUUUCAUCUGUACUAUCUCAACAUGAUACGGCGCUAGUCAUGUUUUACGCUCCAUGGUGCGGGCAUUGCAAAAGACUGAAGCCGGAAUACGCGGUGGCGGCCGGCGUGUUGAAGGGCGACGACCCACAGGUGACGCUGGCGAAGGUGGACUGCACGGAGGGUGGCAAGGCUACCUGCGAGCAGUUCUCCGUCUCGGGUUACCCGACCCUGAAGAUCUUCCGUAAAGGAGAACUGUCUCAGGACUACAAUGGGCCUAGGGAGUCAAAUGGCAUCGUCAAAUACAUGCGCGCCCAAGUCGGCCCCAGCUCCAAGGACCUCCUCACCGUGGCUGACUACGAGAACUUCCUCAAGAAGGACGAGGUCACCGUCAUCGGUUUCUUCGAGAAGGAGAGUGACUUGAAGGGAGAGUUCCUGAAGACUGCUGAUAAGAUGAGGGAGGAGGUUACGUUUGCACACUCCAGCACUAAGGAGGUCUUGGACAAGGCUGGUUACAAAAACAACGUAGUCCUGUACCGUCCCAAGCGCCUGCAGAACAAGUUUGAGGAGUCCUCCGUGGUUUACUCUGGCGAUGAUGCUGCACCCUCUCUCAAAGCCUUCAUCAAGGAUAACUACCAUGGGCUGGUCGGCGUGCGCCAAAAGGACAACAUCGCUGAUUUCUCCAACCCUCUGGUGGUCGCGUACUACGACGUGGACUACAUCAAGAACCCCAAGGGCACUAACUACUGGAGGAACCGUGUGCUCAAGGUCGCCAAAGAGCUCUCAGAAGUGACGUUCGCCAUCAGCAGCAAAGACGAGUUCACUCACGAGCUGAACGAGUAUGGCAUCGACUUCGCCAAGGGAGACAAGCCGGUCGUCGCCGGAAAAGACGCUGAUGGCAACAAGUACAUCAUGUCGGCUGAGUUCAGCAUCGAGAACCUCCUCCAAUUCACCAAGGACCUGCUCGCCGGCAAACUAGAGCCCUUCAUCAAGUCCGAAGCCGUCCCGGAGCCCAACGACGGCCCCGUCAAGGUCGCCGUCGGCAAGAACUUCAAGAGCCUCGUCUCCGACAGCCGCCGCGACGCGCUCCUCGAGUUCUACGCGCCGUGGUGCGGCCACUGCCAGAAGCUCACCCCGGUGUGGGAGGAGCUCGGGGAGAAGAUGAAGGGAGAGGAAGUCGACAUCGUGAAGAUCGACGCGACGGCCAACGACUGGCCCAAGUCCCUGUACGACGUGUCCGGGUUCCCCACCAUCUACUGGAAAUCCGCCGACGCCAGCAAGAAACCCAUCAGAUAUAAUGGCGGACGCGCCCUCGACGACUUCGUGAAGUACAUCGCGGAGCAGGCCUCCAGCGAGCUGAAGGGCUUCGACAGGAAGGGCAACGAGAAGAAGCGGGACGAGCUGUAAUCUACUUCAGAUCUGAAGGCACUACUGGUCGCUACUUGUCUCUGUCGCACUGCGGGCAGGAAGAAAGAGGUGGAUAUACGUUUGAAAAUUUCGGCCUACUUUUCUAUUUUAAAGCACUUCAGGCUCUUAAACUUAAAGUUAGGCAAAUUAAAAAAAUGUAGGCGCGAAGAGUUGACUUCCCAUAGAAAAUUUGAAAUUCGCGCCUUUUUCUACUGACAAGUUGGGUGUGUUUCAAUAUAUACUAGCCGUGUCUUAUCCAACCUCGACAUUGGCAGAAUCAUCAACACCUUGAUGGAGCCAUAACACGAAAAAUUGAUUGAUAUAGUCGGGGUGAAUGACCUUGCGUUGCGUCGUAAACUCGUUAAGUUAGAGUGAGACAGACGAACCGAAGUUUAUAAUAUAGGGUCGUAUGAUUCGUUUUAGACUUAUAGGAUUGUAUUAAAGUAGCGACCAGUUGUGCAACUAGUGCGCGAGUGUGUGUUUCAAUCAAGUGGGGAAAUAUAUAAAAUCUGUCAUGCAGUGAUUACACUGGUAACACUUUCAAUGUACACAGAUUCGUUCUUUUUUUAUUCAAGUCUAAUCACGUUUCGAGUGUGGCCAGUUUUAAAAUAAACAUAGUACCAGUGUGACCGAUUAAUAAUUUAGUGUUGCAUGGUACAUUAAAAGUAUUUGUAAAGCCUGACCAGUAAUAUACGAUCACGCGCCAUAUUGCGGAAUUUCGUUGGAACUAAAUUUUUCAUACUAAACUGAACUGUCAGCCUAUACAUGAAAAUAACAGCGCCCUCUUGACAAUGAUCAUAUAUUUCUGGUCGGGCUUUACAUGUACUUUGAAUACCUAUUCGUAGUUAUUUUUUUACGCUGGCAACAUUACAUGCAGCGUUAGAUUUAUGACUCAAUAAAAAAGGCGGAUUUGUACAAAGUAAAAACACCUUGUUGUCUUAUAAGGACGUGUCAAUCUAGUUUUAAAUAGUUUAUAAAUAAUUUAUAGUAAUGUAUUGAAAUUGAUAGGCACAAGUCUCAAUUUUUCUAUAAAACUAUUUUAAAUAGGUUUACACUCUUCCGUCAUCGGGCAUAUCAAUGCAAAAUAAAAUAUUUCCUUAUAUCUUAAAUACUUACACACCUAGUAGUCUCAGUAACCAGUAUUUGUCUCUCAUAUAACAUGAGCUGUAGGGCUAAGAUGGUCGGCUCCUUAUCAUUUGUCACCAUGCCUGUCACGUUUUAACGAGUAUGUAAGCGCGAAAGUGACGGGCAUAGUGACAAGUGAUAAAAAUGGAACCAUGCUGCCACCGCUGUUGCAUAUACAGAAAAUACUGAAGUAAUAAAACUUUCGAUUGCUUGGGACCUUAUUUAGACCGAGGUGUGUAAAAAUUUAGGCAUAAUUUGCGUCAGAAAUACACUACAGUUUGUUAUGCCUUCCAACUUCAGUGAUAUUUACAUUUUUUACACAAUUUAAAUGCUUUUGAGUGUGAUUUAUCAUUCCAUUUUGAUGUGGCCGUUAUUUCAACGUAUGAGAUUGUGAAAUUAUAAAUAGAAACUAACUUGUAGGUUGCUCUAAAUACAGUAAUUUGAUGCAUUUCUUAACAGUGGGAUAAUGAAUAAAUUAGGUUGUAUUUAUAAUAA